CGGGGUGCGUUAAGUAAACGGGGAGCCCAGUGAUAGAACCCACUUCACGGCACGCUUCAGUUCUGCUCCCCCCCGAGCAGCUCGGAGCUGCAGAGCGGAUUUCAUCAGUGAUCAGAGCGAGUGGAAAAAUUCUCGCUCCGAGCCGCUCGAUAACUUAACGCAGCCGCACAGACAAUCGCAGACAGGAAGUGCCUUCUGGAGUGAACCCUCCCUUUAGAUUCAGACACUCUCGCAUGCACAGUAUAGAGUAUUAACCGUGUAAUUCCUGAGCAUUUUUGAAAUUGGAAAAUCUCAACCAGAUUCUUGUACAAAACUGCAGCGAAUGUAUCUCCGAUUUCAUUUUUUUUUCUACCCCAUUUCCUGUAGAUGCCCUCCACAGACCUCUCCGAAUCUGGUGAAGGUUUAUCUCAGCUGUAUGUCGUAGGGAGUCAGAGCCCCAGUCAGCAGACACUCUUAUCGAAGCACAACCCCGAGAGGCCCGUGUUCGUGGAAGGACCCUUUCCCCUGUGGCUGAGGAAGACCUGCGUCUAUUACUACACCGUCCGGGCCGACCCUCUACCGCCUGGCGAAAAGGUUGACGAGCCGGUCGACCCGGAGAGGAACUUCUUCUAUCCACUGGAGCUGGACUUGGACCUGGACCGGGACCUGGGAGACGACGAUGACUUUGACGUGGACGAAGUGGAGGAAGGCCCCGUGUUUGCCUUGUGCAUGGCCAGCUCCGGAGACCAGGCGACCCUCGGCAAGUGGAUCUCGGGGCUCCAGGAAACGAACCCCAUCCUGGGCCGCACCCCCACCGUAUUCCGGCUGAAUCCCGGGCCCCGAGAGAUCCAGGCUUCCUCCGAACCGGAGCGCAAGGAAGAUGAGGACCUUUUACAAAGCCGGAAAAUGACACAAUGAUGAAUAAAUACUGAGGGUUAAACGAUCGACAACGUUGGGAGUAAAGCGUGCGACUGGCUGUCAGCAGCACAAGCUAGGUUAUGCUUUUGCCGCUAGUCAGGACUAUAAAAACACUGGUUUCACCGACACUGAUUAGCCUUGGAGCAGCUAAUGUUACCGAGGUAGCAGAGUGCAAAUCGGGGUCUGUGAAACUAGCCGACCUUUCGGUUUGUCCUCAUCUCUCUUGCAGAUUUCAAGUUAUUUAAAAUCUUCGACUUUGUAGGAGCUGAGAACAAUUUAAAACAAAAACAAAAAAAAACAAAAAAAAAAGCAAAUUAUUAGUUCAAGUUAAGUGUUUAGUGAAGUAAUUGAGAGCGCAGUUGGAAUGAAAACGUGAUUGUGAAUGACAUCCGUUUAACCCUUUAAGCUACACAAGGCAUCGAGCGCUUGUUGUUGUUGUUGUUUUCCAAAAAAGGUUUCUUCUUAAAACACAUUAGAGAGCCAGUCGAACGUCGCGUGGAGCAGGCUGGCCAUUCGGACGAGCGGAUCCAAACUGACUGUCUGUCAGUACAUUUGAAACCCAGUUUCGUGCACCGCAGUUUUAUUUAUUUAUUUGUGGGACAUGUCGGUCCUCUUGUACCUUGAAGGGUUAAACUCCGACUUGCACAAUGUUUGUCGUGCAACAAGGGGGUUAGUUUCGAGCAGCGUGCAGUCGGUGAAGCUGUAAAAUCAUUUUUACUGUUCAAAAUCAUAACCAGCCUAGGAUCUGGGAGAGGGGGAUAGACAGCAUGCAAUUGAUUGUGCACGGAUUGCUCAGUUUGGUAUUUCUCAAUGCAUUGAAAUCUACAAAAACAUUCAUUUUCAGAUCAUAAUCUCUUUGGAGUAAAUUAAAAAAAAAAAAAAAAAAAAAAAGAGAAAUCCUUUUGUUUCUGUUUUCUUUUAAUACAUUACAACACAAAAACUUACACAGCGGCCAGUUGCCUACAGCUCUUCCCAAUUGCCUCGCCCGAUAGAAUUAACACACGCUGCUAAAUAAAACCUGCUGAAUAAUGAUACGUUAACACAUUGAAUUACACGCCGCUUUCAAA